AUGAGUAUGAGUGGUCACAGAAACAAAGGACAUCUAAAUUCCAAAUCUGGGAAGGAAAUCUUUCUAACAUCAUCAUCUCUGUCUUUCUCUUCACUGUCUUCCUCUGGUGCCUCAUGGGACGAUGCAGUAGAGCGACAUACAAAAGAAUCUACAACAUCUUGCGAGGAACCAAAGGAAGUGCUUUCAAAAGCUUCUUCUCAAGGCUCUGAAAUGCAGGGUACGGCUAAUAAUGUCAGUACGCAGCCUGGUCCAUCUCCGCCUUUGAGGUUACGGCCAGUUCAGUUGAGGAACAAUGGUUACGAUCCUAACAGAAUCCCAGCAUCGGUGUUUGGCAAGAAUAAGGAAGUGAACUGGAGCGAAGUUUCAAAUGAUUCUUUGUUUAGCCUGAAAAUGGAUGGUUAUAGAAUGUCACAUAGUCAAGGAUAUCGUCAAAGCAAUUUAAAACCUGAAGAAGCUUUGAAAUCUGGUGAGUUCUUAGCAUACUCACCGUUUAUAUCAAUCAAGCUUGAGGAAGCAGAAGAGAAGAUAUCUGAAGUCGAAGAGACCAAGAUUGAAGAAACAGGAGGAGUAACAUCAUCGGUCGAGACUCGGAAACGUCAAGAAAAGCCCUCCUCCUCAGCUCCUCCAAUUAUCUUAUGGACUGCUACUCCCAGCGAUUAUUAUUUUCAAAGUGUGAGGUUAACAUGUGUUGCUGCUACAAAUGGAGAAAAUGCUGCUGCUGCUUCAAAGGGACUAAAUAAAACUAUGAGCAGUGGCUGUGUGGCUUGCUACAGAGAACCUAAAUCAACUGUUGCUCUGAAGGAUCCACCCUCUAAUUCCAUAGCUCAAACGUUUAAGAAGAAACCGAGUGUUUCGGAAGAUUUCUGGUCAACAAGUACAAUUGAUAUGGACAACAUUACCUUCCCUUCUCAGGGGAGUAUGUCAUCUAACCAGACUUUUGAUUCUCAAUCUGGUACAAGAAACUCAAAUGCUCCUGCUGAAUAUGUAAAUCAAGGUCUUCUUCUUUGGAAUCAGACACGAGAGCGUUGGGUGGGGAAGGAAAGACCCAAUAACCCACCGGACCGCGAUCAAGGAGCUAAGUUAAAUUGGAACGCAGCGUCGUAUGAUAGUUUGCUGGGGAGCAACAAGUUAUUUCCCCAACCCAUUCCUCUCACGGAAAUGGUGGAUUUUCUAGUGGAUAUUUGGGAACAAGAAGGUCUAUAUGACUGA